CAAAACUAAAAAGUUCAGGGAUCGACUAAGCAUUUCGCUGUGCAGAAUAGAAUUUUCCAUAUUUGUUAAGUUUGUACUUUAAUUUAAAGUAAACAUGGUGGUGAGACAAUAUAACGAAGAGCUUAAAUUUCUUGAGAAAAUUAACCCACAUUGCUGGAAAAUUAAAAAAGGUUUCCAACCAAAUAUGAAUGUUGAAGGCGUAUUCUACGUUAAUAAUACGUUGGAAAAAUUAAUGUUGGAUGAAUUAAGAAACUCUUGCCGCCCAGGCAUGACAGGCGGCUUUCUUCCCGGCGUAAAGCAAAUUGCAAACGUAGCCGCUUUACCCGGUAUCGUGGGGCGGUCUGUUGGCCUUCCAGAUGUUCAUUCAGGAUAUGGGUUUGCAAUAGGAAAUAUGGCUGCUUUUGAUAUAUCAAAUCCAAAAUCUAUUGUAUCUCCAGGUGGUGUUGGAUUUGAUAUUAAUUGUGGUGUAAGACUUUUAAGAACUAACUUACAUGAAAAAGAUGUUCUACCUAUUAAGGAACAACUAGCUCAGAGUUUAUUUGAUCAUAUACCUGUAGGAGUUGGCUCAAAGGGCAUCAUCCCUAUGAAUGCCAGAGAUCUGGAGGAAGCUCUUGAAAUGGGUAUGGAUUGGUCAUUAAGAGAAGGAUAUGUAUGGGCAGAAGAUAAAGAGCAUUGUGAAGAAUAUGGAAGGAUGCUGAAUGCUGAUCCUUCUAAAGUAAGUUUAAGAGCAAAGAAGAGAGGUCUCCCUCAACUGGGCACACUUGGUGCUGGUAACCAUUAUGCUGAAAUUCAAGUUGUUGAUGAAAUAUAUGAUAAAUUUGCUGCUGGAAAAAUGGGCAUUGAAAGACUUGGUCAAGUUUGCGUUAUGAUACAUUCUGGUAGUAGAGGAUUUGGUCAUCAAGUGGCUACAGAUGCUUUAGUUCAAAUGGAAAAAGCAAUGAAGCGAGACCAAAUAGAUGUAAAUGAUCGUCAAUUGGCCUGUGCUCGGAUAAACUCAACUGAAGGGCAAGAUUACCUCAAAGCUAUGGCUGCUGCAGCUAAUUUUGCUUGGGUGAAUCGUAGUUCAAUGACUUUCCUAACUCGUCAAGCAUUUGCCAAGCAGUUCAAAAUGGCUCCUGAUGAUUUAGAUAUGCAUGUUAUUUAUGAUGUAUCUCAUAAUAUUGCCAAGAUAGAGGAACAUGUUGUUGAUGGGAAAGUUAAAACUUUGCUUGUACAUAGAAAGGGAUCAACCAGAGCUUUUCCCCCACACCAUCCUUUGAUACCUGUUGAUUAUCAAUUGACUGGACAACCUGUUUUAAUUGGAGGAUCAAUGGGAACUUGCAGUUAUGUACUCACUGGUACACAUCAAGGCAUGACUGAAACUUUUGGUUCAACAUGUCAUGGAGCGGGUCGAGCAUUGUCGCGUGCGAAAUCUAGGCGAAAUAUAGAUUACAAAGAAGUACUUAAUAAGCUUGAAACUAUGGGUAUAUCGAUAAGAGUUGCAUCACCGAAAUUAGUCAUGGAAGAAGCUCCAGAAUCAUAUAAGAAUGUAACAGAUGUAGUAAAUACCUGCCAUGCAGCUGGAAUAAGUAAGAAGACUGUUAAAUUACGGCCAAUUGCAGUUAUUAAAGGCUAACAAUGCAUUUAUUCCUAUUAAAUACCCCUUGUUUUGUAUUUUCAUAUUAAUAAUAUGCUAUUUAUUUAUCAGCAUAGAUUAAAUACUUUUGUUUUGAUGA